AAUGCGGGAGACCCGGGUAUGAUCCCUGGAUCGGAAAGAUCCCCUGGAGAAGGAAACGGUAACCCACUCCAGUAUUCCUGCCUGGAGAAUCCCAUGGGCGGAAACAGAAGUUUCCCAUGGACCGAAUCCCAUGGACCGAAACAGAAGUCUCUGCUGCGACCUUGGAGGAGGAAGCUGGCUUCCGCCGCACCCACACCCGCCCACACCUCUCCCGAGCCAUCGCGCCUGUGUGUCUCUUCCUUGGCUCUUUCCCCCCACACUCGGUAUUUUCAAGCACCGAGAAGCAGACACGAGCACCCUCUCUCUAGUUCUGUUUUUGGGUUUUUUUUUUUUUUCCUCACCUAAUCUUUCCCAUACUGGGUGUUCGCUGUACUAGUUUCUGGGACCUUAUUCUUUUCUGAGUCCCCAGCCCCAAGCAGAAGACGUGGCACUCGAAAGAGGUGCUCGAAAGAGUUGCUGAGAAAUUUUGGAUUUUAAAUUGAGAGAUUAAAAAUCCAGAUUUCUAACUGCUCUCUAAAAACUAGAAGAUCUUCUACCACUGGGCCCUUUAUCCUUGAAGAGCAGCAGCUGUUGACUUUACUAGUUUCUUCCAGGUAUGGAUCAGUUGAAGCAGAUCAUCUCCUUAGGCCAGCUUAUCUACAACCAGUGUGGGGAGAUGAAAUACUGCCGGAAACAGUGCCGACGUCUAGGGGACCGAGUCCAGGGCCUGCUGCAGCCUCUGCAAAUGCUCCAGGACCAAGGAGAGAGGAAUCUGCCCUCCCAGAUCACCACUGCGCUGAGCCGUUUCCAGGCUGCCCUAGAGGAAGCUAAGGAGCAGAUAGACAAGUUCAGCAAUAAGUCCAAUAUGCAGAAGUUUCUAACAGCAGGGCAUGACAGCAUAGUCUUUGGUGGGGUGAACCAGAGGCUGAGCGAUGUCUGGGAGGAGCUCUCUCUGCUGCUCCAGGUGGAUCAGUGGAGGCACGCUUCAAGCCUCAACCCAGGAGCGUCCUGGCAACAAGAAGAUCAACAGGAUGCAGAGGAGGACAGGAAAGCUCUCCAAGGACUGAGUGAGAAAGAAACUGUAAAAACUUUAUUGAGGCAACUGGACAACAUGAAGGAAACCAUCGAAGCCGUGAGGAGCUGGAUAAGGUCAGAUUCACAGAAACCCAAGAAGGGGUUCCCACAAGAUCAAAUCAAGGAGAUUAAGAAGGAGGAGCUUCCAGAAGCCGAUUGGAUCCUACUAAAGGAAAAUGAAUCCAGCACUCUUUAUGAAGGAAAAUACCACGAAUCUCCAGUGGCCAUAAAAGUAUUCAAGAACUCCCAGGCCCAAGGCAUUGGAAUAGUGAGGCAUACUUUCAAUAAUGAAAUCAGAACCAUGAAGAAGUUUGAUUCCCCCAACAUCCUGCGCAUGUUUGGGAUUUGCAUUGAUGAAGCAGCGAUCGGCUCUUUUCCAUCAGUGACGCCCCCUCAGUUAUCCAUCGUCAUGGAGUACUGUGAGCUUGGGACCCUGAGGGAGCUGCUGGAUCGGGAAAAGGACCUCACCCUGGCCAAGCGCGUCAUCCUGACCCUGGGGGCAGCCAGAGGCUUGUACAGGCUGCACCAUUCGGAAACACCCUCAGAACUCCACAGGAACAUCAGCAGCACGAGCUUCCUGGUGACUAAAGACUACAGCGUGAAGCUUGCAGGAUUUGAGUUGAGCAAAACACAGACUUCCAUCAGCCGACAAACUGGGGGAAAAGAAGCAGAGAGAGUCAAUUCUGCUGCGUACAUCUCUCCCCAGAGGUUGGAAAAUGUGUAUAGUAAAUACGACAUAAAAGCUGAAAUAUACAGCUUCGGAAUUGUUCUCUGGGAGAUCGCCACUGGGAAGAGCCCAUUUGAAGGUUGUAAUUCCAAAAAGAUCUACCAGCUGGUGGCUGAGUCCCGGCACCGGGAGCCAGUGGGUGAAGAUUGCCCUUCACAGUUGCAGGAGAUCAUUGAUGAUUGCCGUGCCUAUGAACCCUCCAGGAGGCCCUCUGUUAAAGAAAUCUUAAAGAGACUGUCUCCCUUUUGUUAAACCAAGUAUUGAAACUGAAACUGUGUCCCUGAACAAGGAGCUGGAAGAACAGGAGUUGGACAUUUUUUUCUCUCAAACCUUUCAGCAUGGAUUUAUUUAUGGAUACAGGGAGGCAGCACUUCUCUAUAACAAAUAGAAAACAACUCCAGUAAUUCAUCCCACUCCCAGUGAUACUGUCAAAAAUACACCUUUGAUAAUAACUCUGA